CCCUUGUCAAUAUCAAGCAUAUGGAUCUAGGUGUUUUGUUGUGUUUUUUUUUAUACAAAGGGAAGUUAAUAAAGAGCUGUGAAUGUGUAUGUACAUUGCAAUAAAAUGUCUAUAUGCUACCUGUGGUGUUAAGUUCUGAAUUGUUGAAUUAGAGACCACUGGAAUUCUCUGUUACAUAAUCUUGUAAAUAUAGAAAAACCUUAUAUCAUGGAGUUAAUUUUCUUUUUCUACUUUUAGUGGCAACCUGGAAUUCAAGUGGCAAACGUGUUGCUUCUCUUUCCUUAUCAUGUUCUGCUUGUUUUCUGUAGGAUAGGUAGGUCCAAGAAGGCCUAAUGGAUUAGUUAUUAACUAUUUUGCCAGCAUGGUCAGCACUUUGAAUUUCAGGCAUAAAGGACUGAGAUUUGGCAUUCAUCUCUGGUAAUGACAAGUUGAGAGUGAUCCCAAUCCUUUUCCAGUUGGGAGAUGGGCUGUCUUGCAUGUACUGUAAAUUUAAACAGAAAAGAGGGUAAAAUCUUUGGGAUAUCUUUUCAUGCGUUACCACAAUCAUUUGUGCCAGAAUACGGUUAUAUUCCGAGCUUUCUUGUUGAAACUUGUGAAUAUUUGGAAGAACAUGUUCAUACUGAGGGACUCUUCAGGAAGUCUGGAUCUCUUGUUCGUUUGAAAGCUUUAAAGAGUAAACUGGAUCAAGGUGAAAACUGUCUCUCUGCUGCACUGCCAUGUGAUGUUGCAGGGCUUCUUAAACAGUUCUUCAGAGAGCUCCCAGAACCCAUCCUUCCACCUCACCUGCAGGAAGGCCUUUUCAAAGCUCAGCAGCUAGGAAAUGAGAAGAAAACUGCAACUGUGUUGCUGUCCUGUUUGAUGGCUGAGAGAGCUAUUGAAGCUUUGAGAUACUUUUUCAACUUUCUGAGAAUGGUGUCUCUAAGAUCAAAUGAAAACAGAAUGGAUAGCAGUAAUCUGGCAGUGAUUUUUGCUCCUAACCUCUUGCACUCGAAUGAAAAUGAAAAGAUGUCAACCAGUACAGAAAAAAAAAUUCGCUUGCAAGCUGCUGUUGUGCAAACACUUAUUGACCAUGCAGCAGAAAUUGGACAAGUGCCAACAUUUAUUUUGGAAAAGAUUCCUGCAAUGCUAGGUGUUGAUGCCUUUCAAUCUACUCCGUCACUGUGGGGCCCUGAAGACAGUGAAAAUGAAUCUCCCAGUGAAUGUAAAAAGAGGAGACACCGAAGUGUUGGGGAUAUUGUUAGUGGAGCAUUGAAUAAACUUAAAUCUAACAGAACACCCUCCACUACACCUCAACAAGACAGAAGUGUUUCAGUCCUUUCAUCAGUGACUCCGGUGGUUCUUACUCCAAGUACCAAGCGUAAACUUCCAGCUGAUUGCUCUCAGGGCUUGUCCAGCAAGAAGAGACGAUCUUUUAAGCAUAGUUUUGCUUUUGAGCUAUUACCAAGUAGUAUUUUUAACGGCAGCUCAACACCAGCAUCAGUUCAGUUUGAAGCAAGCCCUUGUGUGUCUCUUGAGUCAUCACAAAUCUCGCUGUCUCCUUCAACUGUUGGUGAAAAUCAUCUGUCUAGUACAGGGAACAGAAGAAGUAAAAGACAUGCAAACAAAAAAAUAUACAGGGCUGAAUCAGGAAAGACAGGUUGUUUUUCUCCAAAGAUUAGCCGAAAAGAAAUGGUUCGUAGGUCGUUACGCUUGAAAUUUGGUUUGGGGAAAAGCAACAGAGAAAUGAGUAUUGUAUCCGGCUGUGCAGUUGGUAAUAGAUCUGAAAAUAUUGGAAGACGUCUUGCAAGUCAACAAGGAUUGGAAAGCAGAACUGAAUGUGCAAAAAGAGAUGUACUCUUCAGUCCAUAUGUCAGUGAAAAAUUCCCCAAGAAAGGUUCAAAGAACGUGAGCAGCUCAGGAGAAAACUUGCUAACUCCAAAAUGUCUUGAUAAAGUAGUUUGCCGAAUGUCAUGGAGUAGUCCUACUAUUACAGAUUCCCAGGCAAUCAGCAGCAAUGAGGGAAUUCUGCCAGGAGACCCUAAAAGAGGAGUUGGUUCUUCAGAACCUGUUUUCAUAUUUGGAAAGCCAUCGGUUGUUCCAGGUGAAUUCAAAUGCACAACUGUAAGCAAACAAGACAACCGCUUAGAACUUUUGCUUUGUGAAGAGGAAAGUAAUUCAGCUGCAGAAACAUUACUGAAAGUUAAGCAAGCCUUCUCUGCAUCUGGAAGUAAUCUUCACAAUUUGAUAGGUGAUACAAAAUCUUCUUUCUCAGAUGUAGUGGGUGGAACAUCAAAUGAAAAUAUGUGUCUGACUGGGCUCAGUCCAGAGAAAGAAUUGGUAGCUGAAGAAGUUUCUGGAAGUCUAGCAAAUACAAAAUCCAUAGAGCUGUUGCACCAGUUUAAUCAAUCUGAUGCAACUGAUAAACAACAAUCAAAAAGAGAUGAAAUUACAGGUUUUGAGGAAGGAAAUUUCAAAACUUCUAUUGAGAUGGAACUUCAGGUCCAGAAACCAGAUAUAAAAAAUGUAGCAGAACUUCCUGUGCCUCAGGUAAUAGCCAGAGAAGACAAGCUGACUGUUCAGAAUGGUUCAUCAAAAGAUGGCUUAAACAAAUUAGAUUCCCUUAGAAGAAAAGAGGAAAUGGAGUUAACACACACACAAACAGCAGAAAAUUGUGUGGUAAAAUGCUGUAAUUUGGAAGAAGAUACUGUUAAACUUCGUGUGGCAGGACAGCUUCCUACUUCAAAGUUGCCUAAAUUGCAAAAUGAAGUUGGCAACCAAUGCUUGCAAGCUGAAAAUUCUAGUAAAACUUCAACUAAAACGUCAACAGUUUCUGACCAUGGAAAGGUUUCCGACCACAUACAAUGGUUCAACAAGCUUUCCUUAAAUGAUCAAAGUUCUGCAAGCAAAACUAAACCGCCUCUUAAGUUUCAGCGUACUCCAGUUAGACAGUCGGUAAGAAGGAUUAAUUCGUUACUGGAGGCUAACAGACCGUCUGUGAGCUCUCAGCUGCUUCAGGCAAGUAAUGUUGGUUCACCACUUGUUAAAUCUGUGAGCUAUGAUUCUGCACUAUUCUCCUGCACAGAAAAGGCCUCAAGGAAUUCCAUGUCUUUGCCAUUCAGGAGUGAAAGAACAUACAACCAAGCUUCUAUAUCUCAUGAACAGCUAGACUUAACAUCCAAAUCGUGUCACAGGCGGCUAAAUCCAUCGGUCAAGCCUGAUGCUUCUGUUAGAACUGCUGGAAUCAAUGAACUGAAAGUGACUGUUCAUCCAUCCAAGUCUGUUCUAGAAGAUCUAACUAAUCAUGAAACAGUGAAAUCGAGUUUAAAAGUUAAUGCAAAUAUAAAUAUUACAGGUGCUGCCCCAGAAAAAUCUACAAUCACAAGUAGUGCUCCAGGAAAAGGAGUUCAUUAUAGAGGUUCUCCAAAGAAUCCAAUAUCUAAAGUGAAACUGCUACCAGCUGCAAAACCAGUAGACUUAUAAGAUCUCAUAUGAUUGCUAAAUGGGCUUAUUGUAACUUGGUUAACCUUUGGGAAAUCAAAAUUUGUAUGACAUUUUUAGCUCUAUGAAUAUUUGUAAUUUUUGAUUUAUUUUUUAAUAAUACAAGUCCAUGACUUGUACAAUUAACAGCUUGUUUUAUGUUGAGUUUUUCUUCAUUUACUGAAACUUUUUAAAAUGCUAGUCAGUUCAUCCAAAUGAAUUUGACUUCUAGAACAAAAAUAACUUGUUUUUUACAAAUACUUGCAUUAGAUCUUAUAUUUAAUGACCUCAGUUCCUAAAAACAUGCUGCAUCUCCCAAAACCAUUCUGGCAGUACUUAGUCUAAGUACCAAGUUUAAAAAAAAAAAUUGUUAGACAUUUAAAACAAAACCAACAGACUUGAAAGAAAAUGUUGCUGAGUAUUGGUAGUUAAAUUUCUUUACUUAAUUUUAAGUGUAUUGUAGCACUACUCUGAUAUUUAAGUUGGACCUUAGACUAGCUCUGUUUCUUCUGAGACAAUGUUUUUUCUUUCUGUUGGAGUAAAUUGGGACCAUAUUUUCCUUACUGAGUAGGUACACAAAUUCUGUUUUGGCAUGGGUACACACACACUGGAGUAUUAUUAGAACACGUGGAAAAUAAAUGUGCAGUUUAUUCAAGUGAAAAGUCUUAAAAUUUAACCUAGCAAUGUGUUCUGCAAUAGGUACCAAGUAUUUUCAGGUGUGAACAGUAAAAUGUUUUAUCUUACUAUGAAAAGAUGGUCUUAACUUAUUUUAGAGCAAUAGAAUAGUGUUAACUAGGUGGUGCAGAAGCAGGUUUUAAAUGAUGAUAAUGUUGCAAGAGACGAAUGUAAGAAGCCAUAGUGUGUUGAAAGUUGAUUUGCACAAGCAAAUGUUUACAUCUUUUGGAAUUAAAACUGUCUGUCAUCAUUUGUAAAACUAUUUAAGAGUAAACACUUUAAACUGUUCAUUAGCUUUCUGUAUGUGCAGAUUGCUUCUUGGCAAAAUGUAAGAGCUGAAAGCACUGGAUACUUCUGGUUUUAAUAAAACCAUUGGUUUUGUCCCUUU